AUGGGCUCAGUCCCGGUUUCGUCCCCGGGGACAAGCACGCCGACCCCAGUCACGGAGGAAUUCAUUCGCAAGGCUAUUGACAAGUCCAACCUUAAUGCCCUCCGUCUCGCCCUUCUCCAGGUCACUGGCGACCCGGAGCUGGCCAAGAUGCGGACGCGACGCCAUGCCAUUCGUGGCGGUGCCAUGUACGCGCAAGUUCUCGCGGAGGAAGACGCACCUGCUCUGAAAGAGAAGGCCUUUGCCUUCCUUUCCAAGCGCAAGCCCAGCGAUCCUAUACCCAGCCCGCCUUCGAGGGAAGAGGUGAAGAAGCUGGUUAACGUCUUCGGCGACGAGCCCAUUCCUGAAACAGAGUUGGAAUACGAGUUCGAAGAGCUGGCCUUUGCCGAGUUCCCCCGCAGAGCCGAUUGGUCAGACAAGAAACCCGCACCUGAAAAGAUUGCCAAGUUCAAGGUUAUCGUAGUCGGGGCCGGCAUCAGCGGCAUUGCUGCCGCCAUCCACCUCAGCCGGCUCGGCAUCAACUUUGAAGUGCUCGAAAGGCAGCACGACAUUGGCGGGACCUGGCUCCUCAACUCGUAUCCCGACGCUCGCGUCGACGUGUCAAGCUUCCUCUUCCAGUUCAAGUGUGUGAAGAAUUACCACUGGUCGGAGUACUUCGCCUCGGCCGGCGAGACGCAGAAAUACCUGGACUUCAUUGUUGAGAAGUUCAAGCUCCGGGAGCAUUUCCUCUUCAACCGCGAGCUGACCCGCUGCGUCUGGCACGAGGACCAGGGCGAAUGGGAGCUUAGCAUCAAACGCAGCAAUGGCGGCACCGAAACUAUGCGGUGCAACGCUAUAAUCAGCGGUUCCGGCUUGUUCGCCACCCCCAACCUGCCCGACAUCAAGGGCAUCAAGGACUUCGAAGGACCCGUCUUCCACACGGCCAGGUGGGACCACAAGGUGGACUAUACCGACAAGAGGGUGGCACUGCUCGGCACCGGCUCUACGGGUACCCAGCUUGCCUCAGCGGUUGCUCAGAAGGCCAAGACACUUACCGUGUAUCAGCGCACUCCGAAUUGGAUCAUGAGUAUGGACGGUUACCGAGUGACUAUCGACGACGAGGUGCGCUACGUGUUCGACAACAUGCCGUACUACUGGAACUGGUUCUGCUAUUCGCAACACAGGACGACCCAGCAGCUGCAAUACAUGCAGGACUACGACAGGGAGUGGCAGGCCAAGGGAGGAGUCAUCAACGAACGCAAUGAUCUAGUCCACAAGGCCCUUCUCAAGUACAUUGAACAGAAGUCCGAGGGCAUCCCGGGCUUGAAAGAGAAGCUCACGCCCAAGUACGCACCUCUCGUUCGUCGACUCGUUGUCGACAACGGCUUCUACGACACGCUGAGGCGGGAUAAUGUCGAGCUCGUCACCGAUGAGAUCGACGGCUUCACCCAGAAAGGAAUCAAGACCAAGGACGGCAAGGAGAGGCCCUUCGACCUUGUUGUGCUCGGUACUGGUUUCAAGGUAUCGAAAUAUUUUUGGCCGUGCGAAUACGUUGGGCGCAACGGCGUGACCAUGGAGCAACUGUGGAAGAAGGAUGGUCCUCGGUCCUAUCUCGGCCUCACCAUCCCCGGCUUUCCCAACUUUUUCAUUCUCUACGGACCUAACCACCAGCCACGUGCGGGGGCCUUCUACUCCUGGAGCGAGAUUUGGAUGCGGUACAUUGGUGAGAUGAUCGUGCACCUCCUUGAGAACGACAAGAAGUCGAUCGACUGCAGGAAGGACGUCUUUGACGAGUACAACCUCAGACUUGACGAGGCGAACAAGGGCCUCAUCUGGGAGUCUGAGGGUUCCUCAUAUUAUGUCAAUGAGCAUGGGCGCCAAAGUGUCAACACGCCCUGGUACACGUCCGACUACCACCGGAUGAUAUUCAAGCCUAACUUUGAGGAUUUCGAGAUUCGGUAG